GGGAUCUAUGACGUCACUUGUUGUUUGGAAGAAAGAAACACGGCACCUAGAGCUGACUCUCUGAAUCUGUCCUUUUAUCACUCCUACACGUUUUAUGACUAAAUAAAAACCCCGCCAUGUCUACCCCGGCAAGGAGGCGUUUAAUGAGGGACUUCAAAAGACUUCAAGAAGACCCACCAACUGGUGUGAGUGGUGCUCCCUCCGAAAACAAUAUCAUGCUGUGGAAUGCCGUUAUUUUUGGACCUGUAGGAACACCUUUUGAGGAUGGAACUUUUAAACUUGUGAUAGAAUUUUCAGAAGAAUAUCCGAAUAAACCUCCUACAGUUCGAUUUAUCUCCAAAAUGUUCCACCCAAAUGUUUAUGCAGAUGGCAGUAUAUGUUUAGACAUUCUUCAGAAUCGCUGGAGUCCUACAUAUGACGUAUCCUCUAUUCUGACAUCUAUCCAGUCCUUGCUGGAUGAGCCUAACCCUAACAGCCCAGCCAACAGUCAGGCGGCACAACUCUAUCAAGAGAACAAGCGAGAGUAUGAGAAGAGAGUUUCUGCCAUUGUGGAGCAAAGCUGGGCUGACUCGUAAUGUUCAUCAUUUAAAUGCUCAAGUACCAUUUAUCAGGUUCUUCAAUCUUUUAUUUAACGUAUCUCGGACACACUCGAAAACAAACCCGUCAGCUGCAACUGGAAAGCCAGUGUGUAGGAACUCCUUUUACUGAGGUUUUGCUGCAAGCAGAAAUGAUUGUGCUUUUGGUUUUUUUUACUUUUUACUUCUUUUUUUUUUUUUUUCAUGAUAAAUUAUUCUUAAGAGUUUAUAAUGUUUUACUGUAUCUCCAGAACUACUGGCACUCUUACUGAGAAUUGUGCAAAAAUUAAUGUAUAAACUGAAACACACUCAAUAUUAUAAGAUUAUCAUUAACUUAACUAUUUUUUUUUCCUGUGAUAACUGGUCAGAUAAAGAAGAGUAGGAUAAAACCUAGUUUAGUGCAUGUGGAGUCUAACAACACAAUAUGAAAGAUUGUUCCAGUAAUGCACAGUAAUAGGUUCUGCAUUUUGUUGGUUUAUCUCAGGAAGCAUCUGGUUUCCUUUCCAAUAGUUUACUGGUUCUGGAGAUGGGAACUAAUCGUUGUUUAAAAAAAACUGUACAGUUCUGAAACUUUGGGUUUUAUUUGCUCUUCACCAUGUGUGUGGACAUAAAGCUCAUAAAUCCUCUUUCUGCCAAAGUUUCAGCUGUUAGAGAUUUGUUGUAUUAUUAUUAUUAUUAUGUUCCUUCAUGGUAUUUUAACAUGUAUAUGUAUUUUUAUAUCCAACUGUGUUAAACCCUGUUGUGAUGUAUGGGAGAGUUUUAAAAGAAAUCAAGCCAAACUGUAUUCUCUUAUUGUUUGUGAGAACUAAAUAUGAACCUUUUUUGUAUGUAUUAAUUAUUGCUUAUUUCCCUGUAGGGUGCCAAUAGUUCUGGAGUUUAUUAAUAUUUGACUGAUUUAAUUUUAGACUUAUUUUUUAAGUUAACAAAAGUGGACUAUAAUGAUGAUGAUAAUUCUUAAAUUAUUUAUAGUAUAACUACCUACAAAACAGCAUGUGGGUUUUUUGUUUUGUUUUUGGUCUGGAAAUUAAAUCGGCUAUGGCAGUGAGACACGAUAGAAUCUUACCAAUGUCAAUUUUCUUGUUUCUCUCUUGUUACAAUAAUAAUUAAAUGUACUAUAAUUAAUAUCCGUGUGUGUGUGUAAUAUAUAUAUAUAUAUUACACAUACACUCACACUCUGUCCUAUAUAGAAGUAUAGCAGCCAAAUUAAAAAUUAAUCUGAAAAAAUGAUAGUGUGGAUUAUAUGCUGUGUAAAUGAAACAGCUUUGAUGAUAACCUUUGUAUAAUCAUGUUCUUUUGAAACCUGGAUGUAUUCAUAUUCAAUUUUGGGGGCCAUUCAAAUUGUUCGUCUUGCUAAUAAUAUAAUAAAGUGUACACUUUUGUUAUCUCA